AUGUCCACGUUAUAUAAUCUAAAUCCACACCUGAGAUUGAAGAUUCAUAAGAAGAGGUCGAAGAACAUACAUAAUGCACAAAACGAUAGGAGUGGCAUUAAAGAUUACAAUGUAGGCUCCCUUUUCAUUAUGGAUGAUAUAUAUCGAGAGAACACACUUUUCAGUGACUUGCAGGUCAAGUUCGAUUAUGGUGAUGAUAAUUAUGAUGUAUUGAUAGAUCCGGAAGAUUACAAGUAUGAUGAAGAUCAAGAUUUGAUAUCAGUCGAUUUCUUGAAUAAUUUUCCUAUCUAUGAGUCCCCAGCUUCCAUCUCGAGUUUAGAUGACUAUAAGCCAUCGAACUCAUUCUUCUACAUGUCAACUCUUGAUGGGUUCAAUGAUUUGGUUGACCGGGGGUUCUCCGAUAUCUGUAAUUAG